AUGGCCUCGUUUCCCAGCAUAGUGAGGGAUCUAACCAGUCAGAUGGAGGCCGAAGCAACCCCAGCCCCGCAGGAGCACCAACCAGCCGUCGGAGAGGCCUCUGCUGCGAGAGGAGAGACGCCGCAGACAGCCAGCAUUACGGGAGGUAGCCCCUUGGUCGCCAUGACUAUGGAAAACCUGCAGGCACUUUUGGCGAGCGCUGUCCAUGAGGGCUCUGUGCGCAUGUUAAGGGAGCCCGAGGCCGCGUCGCCCAAAAGAAGGAUGGGGGAGAUUGGAGGGCGAGGGAGCGAGGGACCCGCCCGCGCAAGCUCCUCGCUAAGUGCAUUAAGCCUUUUCUCGGCCGACAUUCUGGAUGACGAUCUGCCUCAGUCAUUCCGACCUGUAACUUACGAAUACUUGGGGACCACCGACCCUUGCGAGCAUCUCUGUCGCUUCAAUAACACUUCAGAUUUGCACCGAUUUACCGAGGGAGUGAAGUGUCGGGUCUUCGCGACUACGUUAGCGGGAGCCGCACAGGCUUGGUUCAGCCAGCUGCCUGCGGGCACGAUUGGCAGUUUCGACCAGCUAAGCGCAUGUUUCAUGGAUCACUUCGCGAGCUCAAAGAAGCAAAAGAGGAGCACCUUGACUCUGUUCGCGGUCAGGCAUAGGGAAGGAGAGUACUUGCGAAGUUUUAUCAAGCGUUUCAUCUCGUCGACCUUAGAGGUACCAAUUACCUCGGAGGAAGUUUUGAUUAGCGCUCUCGCACAAGGGCUGCGGGUUGGCGAUUUCUUCACUUCGCUCUCGAAAAAGCCUCCCGCAUCUUUUAAUGCUUUGUUGAAAAAAGCCGAGCGAUAUAUGAACGCAGAGGAGGCAGUGCAUAAUAAAUUUGGCGAUAACAAGGGCGGUCUCGAGCCAGGAGAGAUAUUAUUGGCCAUAGAGAAUAACCCAAAGUUAAAGUGGCCUCGCACGUAUGCAGAAGCCCCGAGGAAAAGCCCUACGCUGGGGAGUUUCUGCCGUUUUCAUAAUGAUUAUGGCCACACCACCAACGAGUGCCAGCACCUUCGUGACGAAAUCGAGAGGCUCAUACGCGCGAAGAAUCUGCCAGAAUUUGUGAAAGAAGGGAACCAGCGCCCGCAACAGUUCCCAGCUCGGCGUACGAACGAGCCCCGCAAACCGGAGCCGGGAAGGGAAAAGCUAAAUGAGAGGAAGGACCAGGUGGCGCCUGCCAAUUUCAUCAGCAUGAUUUUGGGAGGACCUUCAGGGGGAGACUCCAACAGGGCCCGGCGAGCGCACCUGAGACAGUUGCGAGAGACUGAGGAGUUAUUUGGAGAGAUAGAGGAAGUAGAUCAGGCAAGCCGCGCGCACCUCCGACGCUUGUGCGAGAUGGAAGCUCAACUCGAGGAAGUGCAGAAAAUAUCUUACGUGCCGCCCAUUAUUUUCGGUCCCCAGGACGAAGAAGGAAUCAGGCAGCCGCAUUCCGACGCACUGGUGAUUACUGCCAUGGUAGCAAACUUCGAUAUCGCGAGGAUAUUAGUGGACAUCGGCAGUUCCGCUGAUGUUAUUUACUAUGACUGUUUCAGAAAGAUGAAUAUGGAUUUUGAGUUAAAAUAUGUAGAGACAAGCUUGGUCGGGUUCUCGGGAGAGUCGGUACGGUCGGUCGGAGAGGUAUGCCUGCCCAUUUCUCUAGGAAUGGAGCCGGUGCGAGCAACCCGAUCCGUGAAGUUUUUGGUACUGGAUGCGCCUUCUACCUACAACAUCAUAUUGGGGCGACCGUCCAUGAACUCAUUUCAGGCAGUAGUCUCAACCUACCAUAUGAAGCUGAAAUUUCCCGUCUUAGAUCAAAUCGGGGAGGUCCAUGGGGGUCAGGAGACCUCGAGGAGAUGUUAUUACGACGCCUUGAGAAGAAUAGGGAACAUAGAUGCUAUUCGCACUGUCUCCCCAGGUAACCAGGGGAAGGAGGACCGGAUGCCGGAAGUGGACCCCGCAAAAGAAGAAGCCCACGUGAAGCCGAUGGAGGAAUUAAUGGUAGUCCAACUAUGCGAGAAGGAUGCCUCUCGCACCACCCGCAUAGGUGGCGGUUUAGAUACAGACAUGUCUCGACAGCUGGUUGAGUUUCUAAGGCAGAAUCAAGAUGUGUUCGCAUUCACUCCAGCAGAUCUCGGGAGUAUCGACGAGCAGCUCGUGGUGCACAGACUAAAUGUCAAGCAGAAUGCGAAGCCAGUCAAACAGAAGCGUCGGCAUUUUGGAGCAGAGAAAGACAAAAUUAUACAGGAAGAAGUGCGGAAGUUGUUAGCAGCCGGACAGAUCCGGGAGAUCCGUUUUCCUUCUUGGCUGUCCAAUGCAGUUUUAGUCAAGAAGGGCGAGGGCAAGUGGCGAAUGUGCAUUGACUUCAGGGAUCUCAACAAAGCAUGUCCCAAGGACUACUACCCUCUACCACGAAUCGACCAGCUCGUAGACUCAACCGCCGGUUGCGAGAUGCUAAGUAUGAUGGACGCCUCGCAAGGAUACCAUCAGAUUCCAUUGUGCCUUGGCGACCAGCCUAAGGUGAGCUUCAUCACCUCCACUGGAACUUAUUGCUACACGGUAAUGCCUUUUGGGCUGAAAAAUGCGGGAGCCACGUACCAGAGACUAGUAGAAAAAAUGUCCAAGGACCAACUCGGAAGGAACAUGGAGAUAUACGUGGAUGAUAUGUUGGUGAAAAGUCAGAAGGCGAGUAAUCAUUUAGAAGAUUUAAAGGAAACCUUUUGCACGCUCCGGCGCUACGGCAUGAAGCUUAACCCCAAUAAGUGUGCUUUUGGGGUGAAAACGGGAAAAUUCCUGGGUCACAUGGUAACGGAAAGGGGAGUAGAAGUGAACCCGGAGAAGGUGCAGGCGGUUUUGGAUAUGGAGGCACCACGAAAUAUCAAGGAGGUUCAAAUGCAGGCGGGAAGAAUAACAGCUCUAAGUAGAUUCAUAUCUAAGGCGGGAGAGGCUAGUCACCCUUUCUUUAAAAUACUAAGAAAGGGGACUCAAUUCGAGUGGACGGAAGAAUCAGAAAAAGCUUUCGAGCAGCUCAAGAGCCUGCUCGCUCGUCUCCCGCUGUUGGCGAAGCCCGUGCCAGGAGAAAAGCUGUAUGUAUAUCUUGCGGUAGGCGAGUUCGCAGUCAGCUCGGUCUUCGCCCAGGAAGAGGAAGGAGUGCAAAGCCCGGUAUAUUAUGCAAGUAAACUCUUGCGAGGGGCUGAGAUGAGGUACUCCGAGAUAGAAAAGAUGGGUCUCGCGCUAGUGACGACAGCACGAAAGCUAAGACCCUACUUUAUUUCGCACGCAAUAGUGGUUCGGACUAACCACCCUAUGAAGACAGUGAUGGGAAGGAUGGAAGUUUCGGGAAGAAUGGUCAAGUGGGCAGUAGAGAUGGGGCAGUUCGAUAUCAGCUACGAACCAUGGAUCGCCAUAAAAGGGCAAGCCCUAGCAGAUUUUCUGCAGGAAACAACGAGGCCAGAGGAGCAAGGAAUAUGGAGGGUGUUCGUCGAUGGUUCGGCGAACGCAUCGGGAAGUGGAGUAGGAGUGUUGCUGGCGGAGGCAGGCGAGGAGUUGGAGUAUGCGAUAAAGUUGCCUUUCAAAGCCUCAAAUAAUGAAGCAGAGUAUGAAGCAGUUAUACAUGGGAUGAAACUGGUAUCUUCGGCCGGAGGCAGGAAGUUGAACAUAUUUUCGGAUUCACAGCUAGUAGUACAGCAAGUCAAAGGCGAAUUCGAGAUAAAAAACGAGCGAAUGAUGGCUUAUUGCGAGAUAGUACGGUCGAUGAUGAGCGAGUUCGAUUUCUGCGAGCUAGCUCAAAUACCCCGAGAGGAGAACCAGCAUGCUGAUUUUCUGGCAAAGGUAGGAAGCAUGGCGGUAGGAUACGAGUCAAGGAAAAUACAGUUGCUAGUGGGAGAGCCAUGUAGCGGGGGCGAGGAGCGUGUUGCAACAGUGACAAGUGGGGAAGAUUGGCGCACUGAAAUCAGGGCGUGUCUACAAGGAAAGACGCUCGCAAGUGGCCGCGCCCGAAAGGUCCUGGAGCAGCGAGCAAGCAAUUUCUGCCUAAUCGGGGAUAUACUUCACAAAAGAGGUUACACUAGGCCGCACUUGAGGUGCCUAUCUCUGGAAGAGGGCAGUUACGUGCUGCGCGAGGUUCACCAAGGAUGCAGCGGGGACCAUGCAGGAGGUAGAGCAUUAGUCUCGCGGGUACUAAGGGCAGGAUAUUUUUGGCCCACCUCGAGGAAAGACGCGGGGCAGUUUGUCAAGAGAUGUGAUAAGUGCCAGAGGCAUGGCCCACUGAUUCACACGCCGGGAGAGGAUAUGACGAUAAUAACUUCCCCUUAUCCUUUUGCACAAUGGGGAAUAGAUAUCGUGGGCCCCAUGCCGCUCGCCAAGGGGCAGAGAAAGUUCUUAAUAGUUGCUGUAGAUUACUUCUCCAAAUGGGUGGAGGCGGUGGCAGUGGCCAGAAUAACGGAUACAGAGGUCAUGAAAUUCAUAUGGCAAAAUAUCUGCUGCCGAUAUGGGUUGCCUAGGGAUCUCAUCUCAGAUAAUGGAACACAGUUUAACUCAGCCAAGAUACGGGGAUGGUGUGCAGGUCUGGGUAUCAAGCAGAGAUUUGCGGCCGUGGCCCACCCGCAGGCGAACGGUCAGGUCGAGGUGAUCAAUCGGGUACUGUUAGAAGGAAUAAAGAAGCGUUUGGAGGGAGCAAAAGGAAAUUGGGUCGAGGAAUUGCACGCGGUAUUAUGGGGAUAUCGAACAUCACUGAAAGAAGCGACAGGAGAAAGUCCCUUCUCAUUGGUGUACGGGUCGGAAGCUGUCAUACCAGUCGAGGUAGGAAUGCCGUCUAGCAGAAUUAUGAAUUUUCAUGAAACAGCUAAUAGCAUGCGCUUGCGCGAGGAGCUGGACUUGGUAAUGGAAAAGCAACAGAGCGCGAGAGGAAGGAUGGAGCUCAGCAAAGCCAAAAUUAAGGCAGCCUAUGACAAGAAAGCGGAUGCCCUCAAAACGGUGGGAAAGCUAAUGGAGAAAUGGGAAGGACCAUAUAAGGUGGUAGCGGUUCUCGUAGGAGGAGCUUACAUGUUGGAAGAUAUGAAUGGCUUAAGGAUAGCCCGCGCAUGGAACGUGUGCCAUCUGAAGCGCUACUAUAUAUAG